AUGGGGAACAGAUCCUGUAAUCAACAAGUUCAUCACCACCCCAGCACCGGCAACGGCAACACCACCAGCCCUAGGUAUAGGAACACCUUCUUCCCAAUGUUAUGUCGUCUCUCCAUUAACGACGUCGCCAAACCUACCAGAUUGGCCGAUUUGACGUCUUCCUCUUCUACUUCCACUUCAUGUUCGCCGGAUCCUACAUCCCCGAAAAUCAGCUGCAUCGGUCGGAUCAAGAAGAGAUCCAACUCCAACUCCACCUCCACAUCCACCGCCAACCACCACAUCUCCGCCUCCAGAAUAUCUACUGCUACCCCCGGAAAAUCAGCUACCAACCUCAAUUACAAUAAGCUUCGGAAACUCUUCUCUGGUAAAAACCUAAUCUCGCCACCUACUGACACUGCUACAAUUAGCAAUCACUGCGGAAUUCGAAGCUGCAAUGGUAAUGGUGGUGUUAAGAAGCCUAGUAAGCAGAAGAAAUAUAUGAUUAGUAUUGGGGAUCCGGAGGUAGCGGUAGAAGAACUAGAUCCCCCAUUGCCGGUGGUGAAAUGUCGUCCUCGAGAUCAACAAGUGAAUGUGAAUCUAGGAAAGAGACGUGGCAUUGAAUUGAAAAUUCUACAGAUUCAGCCAUUUCAGUUGUCUACAGUUCACGGUACCAAGUUUAUCAAUAACAGAGACAUUUCAGCUGAUAAUAAAUUCUUAAGGUAA